CCGACGAAUGAUCAGCAUCUUGGGUGGGAGUCAGCGCCGAAAUGAAAAUGUAAAUAAUUGGUAUGCAAAAUUUCCACGACCCCCAACGAAGCUCCUUUGACUGUUUGACCGAAUACGCACAAUCUCCGCUGCACUGGAGCUCUUGGCUCCACAGAGAGAGAGGAGAGAGAGUGAGUGCGAGGCACUGAAGGUGGAGCUCAUACAUCUUUGCGUGCUCCGUUGAAAUCCUAGUAUCCUACCAUGGAAGAUUUCAGAUCCAAAUCGUGCGGCCACGGAAGAACGGAGGUGGAGACCUACAAUGGCGGCAGCGGCGCUUCGUCGGGAGUCAAUGGGAUGCAGGAUUUCAGGUGCUACAGCGCGUCCUACGCGUCCUCAGUGCACCCGCAGCAGCAGCAGCAAACCCAGGCCGGAAGCAACGACGAGAAGUUCAGGAAGGGGAAGUCGGCGAACGGGUCGGCGACGAAGAGCUGGAGCUUGAGCGAUCCGGAGCUGCAGAGGAAGAAGAGGGUGGCGAGCUAUAAAGUUUAUACGGUGGAAGGGAAGCUCAAAGGGUCGCUCCGGAAGAGCUUCCGGUGGCUCAAGGAAACUUGUGAUAGAGUCGUCUACGGGCGGUAAUCAUCAUUUCUGAAUAUAAUGUUAUAUAAAUCGGGGGCAAUGGAUGAAGGCAGCGGACGUUGGGGGUUUGAGAAGGCUGGCUUCCUGUUGUCGGGGUAAGUAUGCGUUAUUGAGCUUUUGUAGAGGUUUCCGCUUCGAACUUUGAUAAUGAGCCUGGCUAACGUGAGUAGUUUCGGUAUGAGAAAUCUUGCUAACGUGAGUAGUUUCGGUAAACGACUUGGAGACUCGUGACAUGGAAGUUCUUCGCCUUCGGGACAACCAAGUUCUUACAACGCAAGCAAUAGAACCGAUGCGUAAAAUUUGGUCAGGCUCGGUCAUGCAUCAUGCAACCCUUCUUAAUAGAUGUCUCUCCUUCCUACGCUUGGACUUCGAAGUCAAAAGGCCUUCCAAAGUUAUCAAGUCCCAAUUUCCGUCCCUUCAGUUCUAUUUUCGAUUAAAAGUUUGUAACCGGUUCUUUAUGCAUAUUCGUAAAUAUGCGUUCCGGUUGCACGUAGCGAUCAGACGAGUACGAGGAUUGUGCUGCGUGACCUUUGGUUUUGGGAACAAAGUGAAACAUGCAGCUUCUAACAAUUCUUUACCAAUUUUGUUAAACACACAAAUAAGGGCUUAAGGGGAACAUUUCUGUUUGAACAAUUCAGUUAUUUUUCUUUGGAAAACGAAAA